AUGUUUACGACUAUCGAGCCUCGCUUGAUUGCACUUCUGAAUGACGAACCCCUGGGAUGUCCCCCCUCUUCUCUCGAGCUUCCACCGCUGCAAGACCCUAAUAUCCUGAAAGCUUCUGGUCGACCGUUAUUACUUGAGCCUGGUACCAGCACGCGGAAUGUUAGUCCCGCCUCAACUUGCAAUACCCAGCGUACAUCUCGGACCAUUGAACCGGAUAUCGUACGAGAUGAGACAGGAAAGGAUUCAGAACGGUGCACCAGCAGUGAGCGAACCCUUGGUGUUACAUCCCCUCAAUCGCUGCGAAAGAUACUUAGUGAAGAUGUUGGCACCACCAUCACGUCGACAUCUAAAAAGCGAUCCCUUGUUGAAGCAAGUAAGGAUGACUUCGUGCAACUCCCCCAACCUCCUAAAAAGCAGAGAGCUACCAAGCAGGUAGUUCCCCCUAUCAUUAUCGGCCUUUUUGAGCCUCCUCCUCAAGCUACUCUGUUUCCUCCUAUCGCAUCGAGCUCUUUUCACGACAGUCACGGUCGGAACACAUUGAAUACGGUGUCCUUGCCUGUUAAUGGCGUGGAGCAAGUGCCGAAACCUGUGGUACCCGCUGAUUUGGAAGGACUCCCGGCUGAGAACAAAGCGCCCAAGAAGAAAAAAGAGCCGCGGACCAGGAAGAGAUGGACAGACGAGGAAACAAACAAUCUGUUGCUUGGAGUGAAAAAGCAUGGUCUUGGGUGCUGGACUGAUAUACUUGAGGACCCGGCCUUCUCUUUCAAUAGAAGGUCUGCAGCAGACUUGAAGGAUCGCUUUCGCACGUGUUGUCCAAAAGAGUUGCGAGGAGAAACCACCAAUGGAAACCCGCUUUCGGCAGUAACGGAAGAUCUUGGGCUGAGCGCGAAACCUCUUCGCUCAAAGUCAAGCUUGUUAUCUGAAAAUAUUCUGAUCGAUGAUGAAGAACUGCAGAAUAACCUGAAAACGAACGAAUCUAGCGCCGCUAGACCGAAAAAGACUCGCACACAUAGAAAAAAAUUAGAAGACCUUGCUCAGCUUGGAAUUGAAGGGCCCUUUCGCAAGUCCAACAGGCGUGAAAGAAGAGCGUUCUCUGCGGAAGAGGAUCGUAAUAUUCUUUUAGGAUAUCAAUUACAUGGCCCUGCGUGGACCAAGAUCCAGCGCGAUCCUCAAUUCAAUCUGAUUACCCGGCAGCCUACAGAUCUGCGAGAUCGUUUUCGCAACAAAUAUCCGGAGAGGUUCCGCUCAGAAGAUAAAUCAGAACCAACUGGCAAGUUAAAGCACAGUUUUAAACCCAGUUGUGCGCGGGCGAGCAUUGAAGUUAAUCCGAAAUCUACGGUCAUAGUAGAGUCAAAUUUCAACAAUAGCGCUUCGCAGAUGUCUCUGCCAUCUCCUGUUAGAAGUAGGACGGUAGAUAAGUCCAGAGAUCAUUAUGGUAAAGAAAAUGACGAUACUAUACCAUCUCACACCCUGUCAAACCUCCCAACAUCUGGCCGAGAGGGUCUACGCAUUCAACAGAUCAUCUCGCAAGAUAGUGGUCCAUCAUCACAAUCCUCUACUGCGUUCAAAGACAAUAUCGCAGCUUUCGCGGAGGCCACCGCUACAGAGCAAGGGGAGGUGUUACCUUUCACCCAGUCUUUUGAUUGGAAUGCUUCAAUGGCAGCCCCCUUUAAUACAAACAUGGGAGAGAUGGAUAUCUCUCGACUGUUGCUCGAUGAGUCGUGGAUUGAUCAUCCGCUGCCAUGUUCAAAGGAUAGACAAAACAUGUCGGACAUCGAUAAAGCCUCAAUGGCAGCAAACGCCGACGGACUGCCCAAUUCCUCAUUUUCAUACCUACUUGGCGAGUCAGAAGAAUCGGCACCAUUGGAGCAGACAGUGGUUCACGAAUCUUUCUGA